CGUACUUAACAAAGCCGUAAAUAAUGUAAACUAAUAAGUGGGUUAUACAAGGUGGGCAAAUGCGCGCGCGUUGUCGAAGGAGCUAGAACGUACGAAAGUUUUCGUUCCGCACUCAGUUUGGUGGGCCUUUUCUGCUUGUGCUUCCCAUUCGUCGGCCAUUAAUGACACACACCAGAGCAAACGGGAAAACAAUACAGCGUGUGUGUGUGCGAGAGUGCGGUGAAGUGUUGUGAGCUCGGAAAACUCCAAGAAGCCAGUGGGAAAAGAAAAGGAAAAGUGGGCUCCAAUCGAGGCCGCAAAUCGCAAGCGUUUCUUCGACUGCAAGCGGCGUACAGGCUGUUUUCCGGCCUUAGAACAGCUGUGCAUAAAGGGCGCUAGGUGAGCGGAGGCGGUGGAAGCAGGAGCCAACCAGAAGAGCCAGAGGCACUCAAAGACAAAGCCAUGUCCAGCGAGGAAGACAAACCACCGGCGCCGCCCGUGCGUCUCACCAGCAACCGGGGCGGCAUCGAGCGAUCAGCGGGAGGAGGACUUGGCGUCGGCGGCGGAGGACUGGGGGGCGGCGGCAUUGGCGACGUACCGCCCGACAUGCGUCCGCUGCCAAAGGAACCCGACGACUCGGACCGGAAGAAGAAAACGCUGAAGAGCAAGAUCAAGGGAUCGAAGCCAUCGCACACGGACUCCAAGCCGAACAUCUCUUAUCCAACGAACUUUGAGCACACGGUCCAUGUGGGCUUCGAUGCUGUCACCGGCGAGUUUACCGGCAUGCCGGAGGCAUGGGCGAGGCUCCUGAUGAACUCGAACAUCAGCAAGCAGGAGCAGAAGAAGAAUCCCCAGGCCGUGCUCGACGUGCUCAAGUGGUUCGACAACACAACCAAACAGAGGCCAAGUUCCAAGUACAUGACAAAUGCCAUUACGACGCAUUCAGGCUCCUCGCUCAGCCGGGUUAGCAGCAGCAGUCCGAGCAGCACGCCUACGGACUCGGAGCUGCACGGAUCCAACAGUGGGGGCAAUCUGAUUGGCGUGCAGCUUGGCAGCAUGACCCUGGGACCCAAUGCCAACAACGUGGCUGUCGCUGGCCAAAUCCUGGGCAACCACUACCAACAGCAGCAGCAGCACCUCCUUCAGCAGCAGCAGCAACAGUUGCACCAGAAUCACAACCAGCAUCCCAUUGGCAUUAGUCAGUCGCACUCGUACAACUUUGUCGGCCACACGGCCUCCGCAUCCACAUCGCAACAUUCAUCCGCCAACGAGGACGACAUGCUAGGGCCGCAGCAUCCGCAACAGCCGCCACCUCCGCCGGUAGCUUCCAGGCCGGAACGCACGAAAUCCAUCUACACGCGGCCAAUUGAGGAUCUGCAGCCAGCCAUCAUACCCAUGCCAGCGGCCCCAGCGACCACGCCCACAACCCCGCUGCAAAACCACAGGACGCCAGGCGGAAUGACGGCGCCAGUGGCGUCACCGAUGCUCCACAACAAUGUCACGACGACGCUGGACAAGAACAAGAACAAUGCAACUCCAACGUCCCCAACAACCACAAAAACAACAACCACAGAAACAGAAGGCACCGAUGCAACAUCAACUAUUUUGCCUGCUACUAAUCCUAGUUGUUCUACCACUCCUACUGCUCCUGCUCCAGCUGCAUCCCGUGGUAGUCUCGUCGAGACAGCAACAGCACCAGCUACCACUGCAGCAGCAACAGCAGCUACAGCAACAACGACUAAUCACCAUUCCUCUGCUUCCUCCUUUUCAUCAUUUCCCUCGUUCCACGACGACGAUGCCACACACCACGCCCUGCCAACUAUCCACUGUCCUACGCCGACGUCUUCCGCUCGCAACUCGACGGUUCCGCUCCCGAUUGUGGUACCCCUUUCGCCCAUCAUCACGCCCGCCUCGCCCACACCCGCCUCCGUUGGAUCAUCAGAUCUGUACACACCGGAACCAACGGUGGGCCCAGUGGCAGCCGCUUCUGCUCCUCCGCUUGCGGCAGGCAACCAAAUCGCCGUUCCCCAGGCAGCUGUGGCUGCGGCUGCCACGCCCAACACGCGGGCAGCGAACGCCAAGAAGAAGAAGAUGUCUGAUGAGGAGAUCCUGGAGAAGCUGCGCACUAUCGUCUCCGUGGGCGACCCAAAUCGAAAGUACACCAAGAUGGAGAAGAUUGGUCAGGGUGCCUCGGGGACUGUGUAUACGGCCAUCGAAUCGUCCACGGGCAUGGAGGUGGCCAUCAAACAGAUGAACCUGUCACAGCAACCCAAAAAGGAACUGAUCAUCAACGAGAUUCUCGUCAUGCGGGAGAACAAGCACCCGAAUGUCGUCAACUACCUUGACAGCUACUUGGUGUCUGAGGAGCUGUGGGUGGUCAUGGAGUACCUGCCCGGCGGCUCGCUCACCGACGUAGUCACCGAGACCUGCAUGGAUGAAGGACAGAUUGCAGCCGUCUGCCGAGAGGUACUGCAAGCCCUGGAGUUCCUCCACGCCAACCAGGUCAUCCAUCGCGACAUCAAAAGUGAUAACAUCCUGCUGGGCCUCGACGGCUCUGUCAAGCUGACUGAUUUCGGUUUCUGUGCGCAAAUAUCGCCGGAGCAAUCCAAACGCACAACGAUGGUAGGCACUCCCUACUGGAUGGCUCCCGAGGUAGUCACCCGGAAGCAAUACGGACCCAAGGUGGAUCUGUGGUCGCUGGGCAUCAUGGCCAUUGAAAUGGUCGAAGGCGAACCGCCGUACUUGAACGAGAAUCCGCUAAAAGCCUUGUACCUCAUUGCCACUAACGGCAAGCCAGAGAUUAAAGAAAAAGACAAGUUGUCCGGAGCAUUUCAGGACUUCCUCGACCAGUGUCUGGAGGUGGAGGUGGAGCGGCGAGCCAGUGCCCUGGACCUGCUGAAGCAUCCCUUCCUAAAGCUGGCCCGUCCUUUGGCCAGUCUGACGCCUUUGAUCAUGGCCGCAAAAGAGGCAACCAAGGGCAACUGAUUGACAACCAAGAAGAAACCGCUUAUUUAACCAUUACUAAUGAAUUACUACUGCAGAAAACAACAAGAACAGCAACAACCACAAUAGCAACAAAACAGUUAGCAUAUGAACAGAACAGAUGAUGAAUUAUUAAUGAUUAUGAUUACUAUUAUUAAUUAUUUAUAUGAUCGUAUUAUAUACACACAUAUUAUAUUAUAUUAUAUCUAUUCUAACGAGACAAACAGCAAAACUAAGAAAAGCUGCAUACGGCAACAAGAGACACGCGUAGUUCAAUUUCCACAAAUCGGUUUUCUGUGUUUUAUAUUCUAACAAACAAAAAGAUAUCACAUUGCUUUGGCCACCACAUCAUCGAAACAAAAUUUGUUAUACCAAAACAUAAAUUUAAAUUUGUAUAGAGCCCAAGUUUGUAUUGAGCAUUUUGAAUGCUUUUCAAAUUGUAAGCAUAAAGAUCAUAUAAAAAGAUGGAACAAAAACACUUACACUAGUUGUCAACAUUGAAACAUUAAAAUUGGUACAUUUUGCAUUUAAAACAAAUGAAAAUAUACAUACAAAUUUUUACAAUGUAUAAAGCACCUAAUUUCAUUUAUUUCGACAUUACAUUUCUAUAAGAAAGCUUAAAAAAUAUUAUAUGAGCGUAUGAACUUUGGGACGCUGUUACUGACUAUAUGACUUGGAGUAUUAUCGCUGAUUUUAGUAAAAGUUUCACUUAGUUCAUAAUCUGCUUUAUUUAAUAAAAUAUAUUUUUAUAUGAUUUUAAA